UUGAUUGCACGCUGUUUGAACUGCAGACGACCCAUUCGUUAAGCUUCGUUCAUUCUCUCGUGAAUAGGACAGGAUGAGUAGCUCAGAAGAAUUGUCACAGUAUGAAGAACCAUCGACCAAAACGUCCAAAUCUUUGCAGCACAAAGAUAUAUCAGUGAUUCCAAGAGACAUGUAUGGUUUGUAUGGAGUGCAUGUGAGCAAUCUUCCAUCGGGUAUCUCUGAGGAACUUCUCGAGAAGACGUUCUCUUCUGUCGGUAAGGUUGCUGUUUGUAAAGUUAUGGAUCCAAAGACGCAUCCUGGAGGUUCUUUUCCAAUCUACGCAUUUGUCAAAUUUUCAAGCAGGAAAGAAGCCUGUGAUGCAUUGUCAAAAUUUGAUGGUUACACACUUAAUGAUAGCAUCUUAGCUGUCAGACCUGCUUACGUUUCUCAAAGAAUUAAAAGGAACCAACCACAGAGACAUCGCCGCACGGACGUGUUUUCUAACCAAAGCGAAAUUAAUGGAAAUGCGAAUAAAGAGCAAGAAACUCCGAGAAAAUCUUAUGUGAUGAGUUCGUCUGACUGUCGAUUGAGGGAUGGUAAGCUACAAGAAGGCGAUGUUGUGGUACAUAACGGGUCUUCCGCUAAAUCGUCUCCAACAAAGGGAUGUACCGAACAGAAAGUUGCUCCGCAGUUUAGAAAAAGUUCAUCACCUGAUGACUCAAAAAAAUUUCGAGUCGUUUGUCCAGAGAUAACAUCUGAUACAGCAGUCCAAGCUCACCAAAAAGGAAAUCAUGAUCGAUCAGGAAUUUCUUUUGGACAAACAUCAGAUAGGACUGACAGCUGUUCAAACACAAUAACGUCAGCGUUUCAUUUAUAUCAAGGAACAUCAGGAAUACAAAAGCAAUUACCAACCGCUUGUAAUGUUCAACCACUAAGCACAGUGGAGAAUGGAUUUACACAAAUGAACUCAGAUCUUUCUCAUUUGCAACUUUCUCCUUCAAGUUGUUGUAGUACAGAAAAUUACCCUCAAGGAAGUGAAGUUUUUUCAUGGAGGGGUGAUGUACCACAAGGUGCAACUGUUUGGAAUCCAUCCCCUUCUGGAGACACUGCAGUUGCUUACUUUAGCGACAGAAACAAGCCAGCCAAUAGCUCAGGCAGGAGCUGCCAAUCAGGUUCCAGUGUAGCUAGUUGGAGUACCACCGAUGUGGUGCAAUUCUUUUAUAAUACUGACUGUGCUGAGUAUGCAGGAUUCUUUCAAGAGCAGGAGAUUGAUGGCAGGGCUUUGAUGUUGUUGAAUCGUGAUACACUGUUGCAAUUUUUGAAAGUUGGACCAGCACUUAAAAUACUACAGAAGAUAGGCGAGUUGAGAUCAACGGGAUCGUCACUUGUCACUGGUGUGAAUGGCUGGUGAAAAAUUUUGUUACUUCUCAGCCAAUUUGGAUGUGGAGGGGGGAACAAGAAUUGCCUAAAAAUUAAUUGAGACGUUUUUGGGUAAUCAUUUUUCCAACUUCCUACUGAAGACCAAUCUGGUUGUGGUUGCAGUUCUAUGGAUCCUGUUAAACCAUUGACAAGGAAGGGUCUCUACAUUAUUCAUUACAAAAGACUUGGGAAGUUGCUCAUCAUUUUUCAAGGCUGUUCUCUUUACAUCUCCUAAGGAACUGAUAGGAAGAAUUUGCUUUAGUUUUGGCGUCACCCUCAUUUUUGAUUUAGGGGUGAUAUUGUAGGGAGACAUUACUGGGGGUACAUACUAGUCACCCUAAGGGGUUAAAAGGUUGGUGAAAUUUUCACACUUUUUUUGAAACCAUCCUCUCCAUAUUACUCACCUUGAAUGUAAAAGAAGUCUUUAAAAAGGUUAAGUAAAGCUACUGAAUUGUACAGUUUCAAGAGAGUGGGAACCCUCUAGCUGUACCUUAACGAGUUGGCAUUUCUCCUUGUUUCUAUCUACUGUAAUGCAUUUUAGAAUGACAUUUUUGAUUUUAUAACUUAAUCUUAGAGGAUACUCGGAGUGUCAAUAAUAUACAAGUUUCAUUCUGAACACUUCACUGCGAGGUAACUCUGUUUCGUAUACUUGCAAGAGGGUAAUUGUGAAGAAGAGCUCCCCGAAAACCUGUCGGCCAACUAUCAGUCAACUGUCGGCCAACAGAUUACUGACAGGUUACCAACAGGCUACCGACAGCUAACUGACAGGCUUAAUUGGAAUCUCUGGCUUGUAUGAGACCUGUCCAGGAAAUGGAGAAGUAGUUUUACUGACUCUGUUGCCUAAUAGUACUUUGUUGACAAGAAUCACAUGGGCUACUUAGGUUUGUGGUGUGGGAUAUCUCACCCUUUUUUAGAAUGAUUUUGAUGCUUUAUUUUUUUCAUAGAAUACUGUCCAUCAUUAAGUUAAAAAAAUUGCUGAAUCAUCUUGCUAUGAGACUCAUUACAUAAUGUUUGCUGUUAUGGAUUCAUACAAGUAUUAUCUUUCAUUAUUUGUGGAAGUGGUUUCUGUAUAUUUUAUGAAAAUAUCCAUCUGUGAAUGGUAGGAGCUAAAAUUAAAGAGUUAAGUUGGAAAGCUCUGCCUUUAACAAUAUUUAAAUUAUUUGACUUUCAGAGAACUAUUAUUUUCAAAUAUAUUUUCUACUCAAGUUCAAAUGUGAGUUGGGUUGUUGAUGUAUUUGAUUUUUUAUUUCAUUAGGCUUAUUUUUCAUAACAUACCCAUGUUUCAGUGAUAUCUCUUGUUAUACAUUAUGUGCGUAACUAGUGGCUUGUGUUUUGUUAGAUUUGUUUGAUCUUCAUACUAGCUCAUAAUUCAUUUUUGUAUGCUAUUUCACUUGUUUCCACAAUUGAUUCCUCAUGGUGGUUAAAUUGCUCCAAAGGGGAAUGUUUUCUUUGCCCAUGCAUUUGUUUAUUCCAUCUUUUGGUUAGAUCUGCUUCAAUUAGGCAAACCAUUGAUAAUGGAGAUAUUGAGCAGCAUUUUUGACACUGAUUUUAAUGUGUCAUUCCAUUCAUUGGUUAAGAAGCAUAUAAUCUUUUAAGUUAAUGUUAAUUGCUUCUGAUGGGAUUUAUUACGGCAAUCACCCUUGCUUAGCUUAAAUCUAUUCUCUUGUUCCAGUUCUGUGACAUUGAGAGCUAAUGUAACUUUUGUUUUCAUAACUUCAUCUCUUAUUUCACUAUCAAAAUAAUAUAUUGUAUUAUUGCAACUUUAAUGUUUUUUUUAACAAUGAUUUAGCUGAAAGGAUGCUUGUUUGCCUUAAUUAAUAAUUUUAGCCAAUUUAUUUGUUUUUAGUGUCAACAUCCUCAGCAACAAACAGACUGUUUGAAUUUGUAAUUCGUGAAGAUGUGGUUUACAAGAUUUUUUUCUGCUGAAUUUGUCUGAUCCUCUUUCUAGCUCUCAUAAUUGUACAGCAGUAAGUUUUUGCAGAUUUAUCACCAGGAGCUUCUUGUCUCUGUAGAGAACUUGGAUUGUCUAAUU